AUGUCUAUCCCUCAAUCAUCUUCCACAAACAACCGAAAUGGUACCACAAGUGCAACUCUCAGCCAAAGCAAUCUCAACCAAGUUCCACGGGCAAACCGCAGCACAGUUGAUCGGUAUACACGAGCUUCUGCAGCAGAUGGUCCUUACUAUGCCGGUGCACGAAUGCAAGAGCGUUCAAGCCACCUCACAGGGCUUUCAAAUCAAGUCAACGCGGUGGAUGAAAUCUUGAAAAAAUAA